CCUUCCCUUCCACGUUGGACCGGCCGUGCAUCCACUUUAGAUUGCAUCGAUUGAGGAGGGUGGGUCUGUAGGACGUUGCGAUGACUGAGUUUGGUGGUAGGCAUAUAAAAUCUGCCACUUGCCCUGGGACUCCUCCUAGCCGGUGUUUCCUUUACACCGGCCGGAGCACGACGGAGGGUCGAUUCGUGAUAGACCUCAUUAGAGUUUCUCUUUACAAUUAUUUUUUUGGCCAUGUCGCUGUUACAGUGCCCGAAUGAAGUACUCCUAUUGAUUACACAGGACUUGCCGGCUGCUUCUUUGAGCGCCUUCGCCCGGGCGAGCCGGUUAUUCUUCAACUUGGCUCGGGAAUUGCUAUUGCGGCAUGCUUGCAGUGAGAGGCAUGCCGUUUUGGCACUAUCUCUAGCAGCAGCCAACAGAGAUGAGGGGGCGGUGCGGUAUCUAUUGGAGAAUGGCCGGGGUUUUAGUAUUCGGGAGGAGGAUGGGAGCCCUCUCUACGGGCCUUUGAAUAGGUAUUAUAUUAAAAUAUAUAUCUCCCGCACCAGGAGCAUCCCAACGCGUUCAACUUCAGAUCACUGACUGUACCGUCACGGCAGUUUAAUAGCCUACAUUCUACAAAAAGGCCCCAACCUAAUAAUAAAUCACAACCUCACCUACACCUGCGCCACAACCCCUCACCACGCCAUCAUCAGUGGGAACACAACCCUCCUUAAAACCCUUCUCUCAAAGGGUGCUAACGCCAACCUGAAAGACUCCCUCCAUGGCUGGACUUCAUUGCACCAAGCCGUGCACUCGGAAAACUACCCCGCCAUCGAAACCCUCUUGGAAAACACACCACUGACCCUUAACUCCCGUAGCUCGUUCGGCGAAACAACCCUACACAUUGCCGCUACGCUCCGCUCCCCGAGAAUGUGCCAGUUCCUACUAUCUCACAACGCCGACCCGACCCUCCGAGACUUUUCCGGAAGCACUGCGUUAGCGUUGUCCGUGUCUUGGAAUAACCUUCCCACAAUCAAACUCCUCCUAAACCACAGCCCCACCACCAACACCGUAGCCGGCUGCGGCGGUGGAAAGGGUAUGAUCAACGUGCAGGACCAUAACGGUCGCACACCACUCCACCUUUCCGCGAUCCACUACACAACGCCCGAAAUCCCGCAUCUCCUCCUCUCCGCAGGUGCGGACCCAAAUAUCCGCACCCAAGCGGGAGAAACACCACUGCACUACGCCGCUACAUACACGAGACCAGAAUUGGUCGACUUGUUGCUCAGGCGCUCACCCGGAAUAGCCGUAAAUUCCAGGGAUAACACAGGCAGUACGCCACUGCAUUGGGCUACACGCUCUGGCCGCGCGGGCGUUGUCAGGCUGCUGAAGAACGCUGGGGCGGACACGGGGUUGGUCGGCAGGUGUGGGGGCUGGGUGGGCCGUAGUGGCCGUAGUGAUCGGGUGGGGAAGAGGAAUGGUGGCCGUGGUAUUUCCUGGGGAUAAUCAAGUGUGGGUAGGUGGGUCCGCGGAACAGGGUGUGUUCACAGGAUCUCACUCGUUCUAUGUGGGUCCUGACAUGUGCGUAAGUGGGGGGGUUAGGAAAUCGGGUGUGGGUGGGUGGGGCCGCUUGUCGCGGUUGGGAUGUACGUGGCAUGGUUGUGUACUAACAUACGGUAUCGUACACUUUGAAGGCGGGGGGGGAUGAAAGGUGGAGGUGGAGGUGGAAGUGGAGUCUGGUGGGGCAUGAAAUAUGUAUGAUACCAGUUGCCUAGCAGCAGCGUAUUAUUGUUCAAC